ACGGAUGUCAAUUUUUAAAGGUUUGCCCAUCAUGAGUUGCCGUAGUGUAGUAUCCUAGCAACGGGUAGUAACACGAAAAUACCCUUUUCGGAGGCAGCGAUGAGAUUCUAAGAUUUCCCUCGGAUUUAUUCCUCAAACCACGUUACAGUUAAAAAUGUUAAGUUGGCUGGUAAGUGACAUGCUGAUACGCGAUUAAGCUCUAACACGAACCUUCCUUUGCCGAUAUUUGCGUUAUUGGAGGGGGGAAAUUAUCACCGCAGAAGUCUUAACGUCGUGAGUUAACGCUUUCCUUGGUAAAAUGGAUGACGGAAGGACAGUAUAUUCCCGUAUUUACGUGGAGAAGACCUUGGCAAUAAUAAAGCCGGACGCCGUACACAAAGCAGAGGAUAUCGAAGCCGUCAUCCUCAAAUCGGGCUUCACAAUAUUGCAGAAGCGCAGGCUGCAGCUUAGUCCAGAACAAUGCAGUGACUUGUACGCACAACAUUAUGGUAAGCUACUUUUUCCCAGCUUGACUGCCUUCAUGAGCUCUGGCCCCAUCAUUGCUCUGGCAUUGGCCCGGGACAACGCUAUUGCCCACUGGAAGGCCAUCAUCGGGCCGGUCAACAGCGUCAAGGCCAAGGAGACCCACCCGGAAUGCCUGAGAGCAAAGUAUGGCACCUCUGAACUGUGCAAUGCACUUCAUGGCAGUGAGUCAUUCACUGCUGCAGAGAGAGAGAUCAAAUACAUGUUUCCAAACUUUGUAGUUGAGCCCGUCCCAAUGGAAGAGGCAGUCAAAGAAUAUCUGUUCAAGUACAUAAACCCAACUUUGCUCAGUGGGCUGACUGAGCUUUGCAAACAGAAGCCACUCAACCCCUGUAUUUGGCUUGCUGAGUGGCUGAUCUUAAACAACCCUAACAAGCCUAAGAUAUAUGAUGGGGCCACUGUGAAAGAAGCAGAAUAACAACGUGAUAAAGAGAGAAGAAUAUGACAUUUCAGACAAACUAAUUUAAAAGCAAUUGUAUUACUUCAAUGCUGAGAUCAAAUAAAACGUGAUUUUGCAACACAUCACAUGCUUAAAUUGUACUGUUAAA